CCUUUAAUCCCAGCACCCAGGAGGCAGAAGCAGGCGGAUCUCUGUGAGUUUGAGGCCAGCCUGCCCUACAGAGUGAGUUCCAGGACAGCCAGGACAGUUUCACAGAGAAACUCUCUGUGAAUCCACUCCCAAACAACAAUAAACAACCACAAAAUCCAACAACAUAAAUACCACAAACCCAGCACCUGAGAGGCAGAGGCAGGAGUCUCCUCCACAAGUUCGAGGCUAGUCAGAGCCACAGAGCGGACAAUCUGUUUCCUAGGUUUUACAGGAAACCCUAUUACCCGGUAUAGCCCAAGUCUCCUUUUUAGAUUCUGUCUACAAGCCUCUCCCGAUCUCCACAGACUAAGUUACAGCUCUCCCCUGUCAUUAUCAGUUUGUGGGUCUCUUUCUUAGCAUUUAUCUUAAAAUUGGUAAAUAACUGUGCUCCUCACUUGCUGCUAGCCCACCAGCGAGGAUGUAAACUCCUCUUCCUCCUCAUUGUUCCCAGAGCCAAGCACAGCGCCCGGCACAUAAACGCUGGGCAAACGAUACUUCCUUCUUCCACUUGAAUAAUUACUUAUCGGUGCCUAUUAUGUACCACAGGCUUUCCUGUAUGCACUUUAUUAGCCAGACAGGGAAAGUCCCAUUUUCUAACGGAGGAAACCGAAGCUCAGGAGUGAAAGGCGAUCACAGGCAGAGCCGAGUCUCAACCUCAGACCCCAGAUCCUUUCUCGCUCAUGGGAGGACAUUGAACCUGACCCCUGGGUCAGAAUAGUUCCUCCUUCGUGCUGUUUUGCAUCUGUUAGCUGUCUGUUUUUCCCUUCCCAGCUCCGUGCCUUCUUUACCCUCUUUCCUGCCCCUUAGCUGGUCCCACGCAGGCUCCUCCUUUUGUCCUUGGAGAGUGGCCUCUCCCUCUUUUCCCCUCCUCCUAAGAGUAUGACCCAAACAAGGCAUCAAGAAACUGCCUUGGCUAAACCAUUCUCUGGUCAGCAACUGCACCACAGCCAUGGUGAACCAGCCAGCGAUCUACUUUAUAGCCUCCUAGGACAGAGUCUGUGCCACCCACUGGGCAAUGUACCCAGCCAUCUUCCUAAUGAGAUUUCUAACCAGACACCCAAACAGGACGAAAGUCCCCCGGAGAGGAAGCAGUCUGGGCUGAAGUAUGUGAUUGCAUCAGGGGCCUGGGCGUGGGUCAACGUCCUGGUCCGUCUCUGGCACCCCCUGCUGGGGAAAAGCUGGAUACAAGGAAACAGGAAUCUCUGGGUACCUGCUACAAAUGCAGCUCUCAAACAAGGACAUUCGAGGCUUGGAAAGAAUUUUCUUGCCAAAGCAAGAAUUUGGAAGGACAAGGAAUAUCCCGUCAUUUGUAAAGCUCCAGCUGUUGGACUUCGAGGACCAUUUUAAAAAGACAGCCUCCCUGUUCUGCACGCCAACGAAAGAGCCUCAAUCAGGAUUAGGCACAGAAUGAGGGCGACCAGAGACCUUGGUCACGUCCUCUGUUCCAGGACCUCCUCCAUCCUGCUCCUCCUCCCCAUAUCUUGGCUCCCCAAGGGUCAGGGAGCCUUCACAGAGCAAAGAGAGCAGAAGGAAAUAGCUAACUACAGCUGUGGGUUCAGCUGCACCGCCAGCCCCGAGCCUCAUCGCAGGUCAACGACGAGGCAAGUGUGAAAAACAGAGCGUAAUAGAGACGUCAGAAGACCUCCCAGGCCCUCGACUGAGAACCACCCAGAUGCCCAUCUAGCUGGAACUGCCAGUGACUGCUGAAGCAUGCUUGUCCGGCUCACUGCUCUGCAGAAGAGGCAUCCAUCUCCCUGGGGUCCUGUGUGUGCAUGCAUGUGUGUGGUGUGUGUGGUGUACGUGUUUGCAAGCUGCAAGGCACACUGGCUUUGGGGGCCCAAACUAGCCAGCUUUCCCUUCUGGCUCGGCUGGCCUAAUUCCCAGCUGCAGCUGCUACCUUGGGUCCCCCUCCCCAAGGCAAUCUCCCUGCAUAUUUGGCGACAUGGAAAGGAGGGGCUGAGGGAAGGGGAGAAGCCGAGAAGAGACUCUAAUGCUCUAAUCUGAUGUUGGCGAUCCGAAAGGCUUCCCAGCGCCAGUGCCCUCUGCCGUCAACUCCCCAGGGGCUCUUUUCGGUGCCAUGCACCCUUCCCUUCUGCCUUUGUCUCCUUAAGAAAGUUAAACCUAGAUAUACAAAUACACAUACAAACCACCCGGAAAAAAAAAAAAAAAAGCAGCAGGAGCAGGCAGACGAGCACGCGCGCACAGGCUCAUCUCUGUCCUGGAGGAAGAGCGGCACAGGCAGAGACGCUAGGGUUGGCAGUGACCCAGACUGAGGUCUCUUGCCCCCCCCCCCAGGCGCCUUCUUCAUGGACCCAGAGAUCGCCAGUGGGGCUGCAUCAGUGUAGGAUGGGCAACUGCGUCAAGUCGCCAUUAAGAAACCUCUCUAGAAAGAUGCGCCAGGAGGAGAAGACCAGCUACAAGGUGGUCCAGACAAGCGAGGAGAGACUGGCGGCUGGCAGCGAGCUCCCGGGACCACUCUUGAUGCUGGCCCAGAACUGCGCCGUCAUGCACAACCUGCUGGGUCCUGCCUGCAUUUUUCUUCGAAAGGGUUUUGCUGAGAACAGACAGCCUGACAGAUCCUUACGGCCAGAGGAGAUCGAAGAGCUUCGAGAGGCCUUCCGAGAAUUCGACAAGGACAAGGACGGCUAUAUCAACUGCCGAGACCUGGGGAACUGCAUGCGUACCAUGGGCUAUAUGCCCACUGAGAUGGAACUCAUUGAGCUGUCCCAGCAGAUCAACAUGAACCUGGGCGGCCAUGUGGACUUCGAUGACUUUGUGGAACUAAUGGGACCUAAACUCCUGGCAGAGACAGCAGAUAUGAUUGGUGUAAAGGAACUGAGAGAUGCCUUUCGGGAGUUCGACACCAAUGGUGAUGGGGAGAUCAGCACCAGUGAGCUGCGAGAGGCCAUGAGGAAGCUGCUGGGUCAUCAGGUGGGACACAGAGACAUCGAGGAGAUUAUCCGCGAUGUGGACCUCAAUGGAGAUGGACGAGUGGACUUUGAAGAGUUCGUCCGGAUGAUGUCCCGCUGAGGCCUCCAGGCCUUCUCCAGGACUGCCAACUCCCACUUCCGGGGAAAAGAGCCGAGCGCGCCUCGCUCGCUCCGCAGUAGAUGCCCAGAGCCCAGGAUGUACUGGCGGAUGGGGCCUGCCUGCACCCCGGGGAGGUGCCCACCCCGGAUCCCCACCCCUCCGCACUGUGAAAGACUCACAACUCCUGCAACUGGAAAGGGGCGCCCACCAGCGAGGAGGCCACAGUGCCAAGCCGCUAGAGGACAUGCAAGGCGCCAAGUGCCAUGUGCCCAGUCGCUGCUGACUGGCUGGGUGGGCCAGGGAGCCCGCCAGCAGACCCCACACAGCAUGUCUGCCCCGGGGCAGAGCCUUUCAGCGCCCUCUUGAGCUCUAUGCCCGUCCCAGCUCGCCUAGCCCUUUGAUCUCAGAACCAAUAAAAAACGAGAAUGUCA